AUGCCGCCUAAGUUCGAUCCAAACGAAAUUAAAAUCGUUAACUUGAGAUGUGUUGGCGGAGAAGUUGGUGCUACCUCGUCGUUGGCUCCUAAAAUUGGUCCUCUUGGUCUCUCUCCCAAAAAGGUUGGUGAUGACAUUGCCAAGGCUACAGGUGACUGGAAGGGUCUGAAAAUUACAGUUCAACUUAUUGUACAAAAUAGGCAGGCACAAAUAUCUGUUGUUCCAUCAGCUGCUGCUCUUAUCAUCAGAGCUCUAAAGGAGCCACCCCGUGACAGAAAGAAGCAAAAGAACAUCAAACACAAUGGCAAUAUAACACUUGAGGAUGUAAUUAGCAUUGCUAAAACCAUGCGACCACGUUCAAUGGCACGAGAGUUGUCUGGAACAGUAAAGGAGAUUCUUGGCACAGCACAAUCUGUUGGCUGCACCAUUGAUGGCAGGCCCCCACAUGACAUUAUUGACGAUAUCAACAGUGGAGCUAUUACUAUAGACGAAUAA